ACGGCAAAUAAACGACCUCUAAUUCCAUUCACGCUACACCACAUACAUAUACAUAUAAAUAUAUAUAUAUAUAUAUAUAUAUAGCCACACCCAAAUACACCUUCACUACAUAUUUACACAUAUAUAUACACAACUCCAAUUCCUUGUGUUUCACCAAAACCCAUAUAAUAGUAACAUGGCUUCAUCGUCCAAGAGCCGAAGUACUACUAGAACUUCUCGGUCGUCGUCUUCGUCGCCGGCGUCGACGGCGGAGGCGGCGUCGUGGUACUGCGCCGUCGUGCUGUUGGCGCUAAUCCUGCUGGCUUCCGUGAGAGAGACGUCUCUCUCCGAGCUGGACGAGCCCUUUAGAGGAAACCGGCUGCUGGACCGGCCCUGCGACGAGAUCUACAUCGUCGGAGAAGGCGAGACUCUCCACACCAUCAGCGACAAGUGCGGCGACCCGUUUAUCGUCGAGCGGAACCCGCAUAUCCACGACCCGGAUGACGUUUUCCCCGGUUUGGUCAUCAAGAUUACUCCUUCCAAGCGUUGAUCCGAACUCUUCUUGAUCAUCAUGAUCAUCAUCCUCAUCAUAAAUCUUCUUAUAUAGCUGCUUUGUAUUUUGUAUCAUAAUAUACACACAGAAAGGUGAUAUUCUUGUCACUUUCUUUAUUCCUCUCUCUCUCGCUUUCUCCUUUAAUUUCUUUUUCAUUUCAAAGAAAUUUGUAUGUAAGAAGAAGAGAGACAGAAACUGUGCUUUGUAUGCCUGACUGGUCUUGGAAAAGAGAGGGUUCUUUCAAGUCCCCCAGUCCAAGAAAUUGUAUAAACACGAUGAAUUUUCUCAAAGAAAAUCAGUAACUCUUUGAAUUU